AUGCGCGAGGUCGUGGGCGCGGAUUGUACCGUGCUGGCCAUCGACGCUGAAGGACUUGCUGCUCUUCCCGCCACAACAACUAAGUCAAUCGCCCAGCUUCCUCGAUUAGAGCCAACUUCGUUGGCAUACAUCCUGUUUACAUCUGGGAUGACCGGGAAACCAAAGGCGAUUGCGGUGGAGCAUGGCUCACUUUGCACCACCGCCAUAACCCAUGGGACUAAAUGGCGCAUGGGCCCCGGCGCUCGCGUAUUGCAAUUUUCAGCAUAUUCAUUUGAUGUCAGCGUUGCCGACAGUUUCUUUUCAAUCACGCAAGGCGCGUGCAUUUGCUCCCCAUCAGAGACGGAGCGACUCGACGACUUAGCAGGAGCCGCGAAAAGGAUGAAGGCAAAUUGGGCGUAUUUGACUUGCUCCAUGGCUGCAAGUAUCCCCCCGAGCUCCAUGCCAUUCAUCAAGUUUCUUCUUGUUGGCGGAGAGCCCCCAACCAGCCAGAUGGUCCAGAGCUGGGCGCAAUCUACAGACCUUGUCAUAUCGACUGGGCCGGCAGAAAGCUCAAUUCAUUGCAUGGGUAGUGAUCCAGUGUCUCCAGAUUCGGAUCCUAUGAAUGUCGGCCGUGCCAUUGGUGGUCGUCUGUGA